AUGUUCUGCUCAUUAACUCAAUGGAAGAAUGAAGAUGAAGAUCGCGGUGUGCCUGUUGAAAGCGAACGGCGAAGAAUGAACGCGCCGCUGCCAGAGUUCCAUCGCGGUGUGCGAACGGCGAAGAGUGCGCUGUCGGUGUGUGCGAACGACGAAGAGUGCAUUGCCGGGAUGUGUGAACGGCGAAGAGUGCUCUGCUGGCGUGUACGAACGGCGAAGAGUGCUCUGCUGGCGUGUACGAACGGCGAAGAGUGCGCUGCCGGCGUGCCACCUAGUGGGGGUAUGCGAGAUUACCGCACCCGCCUCUGCAAGGACGAGAUCGGCUGCGCCCGCCGCGUCUGCUUCUUCGCCCACAAGCCCGACGAGCUCCGCGCCGUCAACCCCUCCCUCGCCUCGUCUCCGCCGGCCUCGCCCUCCCUUCCCCUCGCUCCUCCAACGAUGCCGCUGCCCUCAUCCUCUUCCAGCAGCAGCAGCAGCAGACCCUGCCGCCGCCGUCGUCGUCAUCUCCCUCCUCGUGCUUACACCAUUACACCAUUAAUGAACCCGGCCAGCCGGGACAGUGAGCGCCCGCGCGAGGCCGCCGGGUCGACGUGCGCCUCCUCCGCGGCGACGGCGACGGAGAGGGAGGCGUUGGCGUGCACCGGCCGACCUCGAGCUCGGCCGACCCAGACCUCCCCCGCACCUCCGCUCGACCCCGACGCCCGCAGGCUGCCGCGUGCACCGGCACCGUGCGUGCCGCGGAGCCCCCCGAGCUACGCGGCAGAGCUCGGCUCGGGGGCGCCAUCGCCGCGGCAGAGCUUCGCCGCUGCUGCUGCCGCAGCCGACGCCGCGCCCUCGUCCGCCCCUACACGGCUCGCCGCGGCCUCGUUCGCCGCGGCCCGCCCCGCGCCGCCACCCCGCGAUCGAGAUCCCGCGGCUGCGGAUCGACACUGCGGGCGCUCCCUCGCCUUCUUCUCCCUCCCAACACACAGCGUCUCCUCCCCCGGCCCCCCCACGGCCGCGGCGGUCUCUCCGGCGCCGCCACCUCGUCCCCCGCCUCUGCCGCCGUGGGGGCGGCAUCGCCGAGGAGCGGAUGCUGCGGACAAUCCCGCGCAUCGCGUGGCGGCUACGGCCGACGCGGACCGUGGCGUCGAGGACAUGGUCGAGAGGAGGAUUCUGGGAGAAGUCGAGGAUAUGGUCGGAGGGGAGGAGGGGGGUCUGUCAUCCAGGGAGCGGUGGGCAUCUUCACUGCGGCGGCGCACGCGGCGCGGCGAGCAUGGCUUCACUGCGGCGGCGCCGAAGCUCCACCCGCGGCUCCGUUCCGCGGGCCCGCUGCAUCGUUAA